AUGAUUGAGUCCCAAAGGUUGUAUGAGAUUAGAAUGAAGCAAAGUACAAUUAGAGGAGAAGUGCUUCAAGGAAUAGAGGAGGCUAUGCGUUGUGGUGAUGACGAAGCUUCUUCAAUUGGGACACGAGUCAUUUUUCCUUCUUCCUUCACUGGUGGUAGACGUUAUAUGUUUAACCGUUGUCAGGAUGCGAUGGAAAUUUGUAAACAUUUUGGCUAUCCAGAUUUAUUCCUCACUAUUACGUGUAAUCCAAAUUGGCCUGAAUUUCAACGAUUCACAGAGCGAGAGCGAAUUCCCAUCACUGAUCGUCCUGAUAUCUCUUGUCGUGUCUUUCAUGCUAAGUUGAAAUGCCUCCUAAGCGAUCUCAAGGAAGGUGUGUUUUUUGGUCCACUUAGUGCGACUCUUUAUAAUGUUGUCACCAAGUACAUGAUCCAUGGUCCAUGUGGUCGACUUAGACCGAGUUCUCCUUGCAUGAAAGAUGGUAAGUGCUCAAAAUUUUAUCCAAAAAGAUUCGUUGACCAAACGAGCUUUGAUGAGGAUGGCUAUCCGAUAUAUAGACAUCGUAAUAUGGGUGUGACAGUGAAGAUCAAUGAUGUUGAUAUUGACAACAGAUUUGUUGUGCCUUAUAAUCCAUUGCUGUUAAUGAAAUAUCAAGCUCACAUAAAUCUUGAGUUCUGUAACAAGUCAAAUGUGAUUAAGUAUCUUUUCAAGUAUAUCAAUAAGGGUCCGGAUCGGGUGACUACAACUGUUGGAGAAACAUAUCAUGUUGGUGAAUCUUCUCAAGUGGUUGAUGAGAUCAAACAGUAUUAUGAUUGUCGUUAUUUAUCACCGUCUGAAUCCAUGUGGAGAAUUUUUGCUUAUGAUAUUCAUCAUAGAUGGCCAUCAGUACAGAGGUUGACUUUUCACUUGCCUAACCAGCAACAUGUUGUAUUCGAUGAUGCUGAUAUCACUACUCAUGUUUAUUUGCGCAACAAAGAUUUGCUGACGAUGUUUACGAGUUGGAUGAUGGCCAACAGGCGGUUCCCGGAUGGACGGUCUUUAACAUAUGUUGAAUAUCCAGGUAAAUUUGUCUAUUGUUCGAACAGUAGGGAGUGGAAGCCGAGACAGAGGGGAUUCUCAAUUGGAAGAUUGAGUUUCGCUCAUCCCUCAUCUGGUGAACUUUUCUAUAUGCAGAUGCUUUUGAAUGUGCAGAAAGGUUAUACCAGUUUUCGAAGUAUAAGAACCGUGAAUGGUGUUACUUAUGAUACAUUUCAAGAGGCAUGUUCCGCCAUGGGAUUCUUGAUAGAUGAUAAGGAGUAUGUUUCUGCUAUUAAGGAAGUUGUCGAGGUAGUGUCCGCUGCACAGCUAAGGAGGCUUUUUGUGAUGUUGUUGCUAUCUGGUUCCAUGGGAAGACCUCUGUCAGUUUGGGAACAAACUUGGGCUUAUUUGUCUGAUGAUAUUCUUUAUCGCAGAAGACAUGAGCUGCAAUAUCCCGAUCUAACGAUGAGUCAGGACGAGUUGCAAACAUUUUGUUUGUUGGAGAUUGAGAAACUAUUGCAGAGUAAUGGAAAAUCAUUGAGAAAUUAUGCUGGCAUGCCGGUUCCUAAUAACUCUUUAGUCUCUCAAUCUAGCAAUUUGAUGCUGUUGCGUGAGUUGCAGUAUGAUACUGUUUCUUUGACUCGUGAGCACGAUGCAAAUAUCUUAAAGUUAAAUGAAGAACAGAGGGUGGUCUACGAUAAAAUUAUUGAUUGUGUUUCGAAUAAGAGGCAUAGAUUCUUUUUUGUGUACGGGUUCGGUGGCACUGGAAAAACUUUUUUGUACAGAGUUUUGUCGGCUGGAUUGCGAUCUGAGAAAAAGAUUGUUAUAAACAUUGCUUCUAGUGGUAUUGCUUCUCUAUUGUUACCUGGUGGUAAGACGGCGCAUUCUAUGUUCAAUAUUCCUGUUGAGCUGACUGAAGAUACUAUUUGUCGGAUUAAGAAAGAUAGUGCAAAAGCUGAUGUAGUCCAAUUGGCCGAUUUGAUUAUUUGGGAUGAGGCACUGAUGGCUAACAAAUUAGCAUUUGAAGCGCUCGAUAGGACAUUACGUGAUAUAAUGAUUUCGGUCUCUGAUAGGAAUAAAGAUUUACCUUUUGGUGGGAAGGUGGUUGUUCUCGGUGGUGAUUUCAGGCAGGUCUUGCCAGUUAUUCCAAAAGGUCGAUGUGGAACGGUGGUCAAUGAUAAACUUUUUGUUGAUAUUCAUUCUGAUCUAAUCAUUCCUGUCUUGGAAAAUCCAGUGGAAGAUAUUGAUAGGGCAAUUCUGGCUCCGACUAUCGACAAUGUUGAAGAGAUAAACAAUUAUAUAGUUGACUUGUUGCCCGGUGAGGAGAAAAAUUAUCUCAGUGCUGAUUCGAUAUGUGGUAGUGAUGUCUAUUCUGAUGUUGAUGUUGAUUGGAUAAAUGUUGAAUUCUUGAAUCAGAUUAGGUGUUCUGGUCUACCUAAUCAUUCGUUGAAGUUGAAAAUAGGCGUGCUUAUUAUUUUGUUGAGGAAUAUUGAUCCAGCUGGGGGUUUGUGUAAUGGGACUCGACUUGUUGUGCGAGAUCUAGGGAGAAAUGUGAUCAGUGCGGAUAUUGUUUCUGGUAGUAAUGUUGGGGAUAAAGUUUUUAUCACCAGAAUGAAUAUGAUUCCCAGUGAUACGGUUAUACCGUUUAAAUUCCAACGCCGUCAAUUCCCGGUUUCUUUGUCGUUUGCAAUGACAAUAAACAAAAGCCAGGGUCAGACAUUAUCAACUGUCGGUUUGUUCUUGCGUCGUCCUGUGUUUUGUCACGGUCAACUUUGUGUAGCUCUUUCCCGAGUUAGGAAUAGAAAUGGUCUUAAGAUUUUACUUUGUGAUGAAGGAUUAGUUGAUCCUAUCAGGACUGAAAACGUUGUAUUUACGGAAGUUUUUUAUAAGAUAUAA